AUAUAUUUUUUCUCUUUAUCGGUAAUGCUUUAUUUAAUUGUUUUUGGUUCAUUUGCUGCUUUUUAAUGUGUACCAAAGUUCUGCUUUAUGCUUAAGUAAAACCGUUUCUUUUGUUUAACAAAUUCUUCAUCAUAUGUAGAAAGAUAAAAAAAUGACAGAGAAAGGUGAAACUAAUAAAUAUGAAGCACUACAACAAAGCAUAGAAGAGUUCAUUGAAACAUCUAGACAGAUAGGAAUCAUGGUAUCAGAUUUUCAACCAGGUUGCCAAAACAACCUGAACACAAAAAUAAAUUCGUUAAUUGAAAACAUGCAAGAAAUUGAGAAAUUCAAAAGCUUUGUUGCAGAUGUCGAGGUACCACCAGAAAUAUUUCAGUAUGUUGAUCAGGGGCGUAACCCGCAACUUUAUACCAAGGAUUGUUUACAAAAGGUAGUGACGAAAAAUGAAGAGGUUAAAGGCAAAGUGGAUGCAUAUAAGUCUUUUAAGACUGUACUAGAAGAAGAACUCACAAAAGAAUUACCACAAAUGAUGGACAGACAUGGACAGUUUAAAAGACAACAAUAUACACCUUAAUGAACAUUUUUGUUUUAUAAAUUUAUUGUUUUUUAAACUUUUUUCCUUCCUAUCCAGGAUAAAUAUCUCUAGAGCUUUUUUUGGAGGUCUAAAAAAACCGAAAUAUCUGGAAUUAAUCAGACCACGAGCAAAGAGAUGGAGCUCAAGUGGAGACAUGUGAAAGUGUCUUUUUUCCGGGUUUUCUUUGUUGGGUAUCUUCGAAAAAGAAUAUUCAUGUAUUACUUAAACUCCCUAAAGCAAAUAAAAAUUCAAUAUCUCUGUUUUCUAGAGACGAGUUUCUAUUGUGUUUUCAAACUCAAAUUUUAAAUCUAUGUUAUUUCAAAGUCUUCUUAUUAUCUAACCAAUUCUUGCAGCAAAUACCAAGCCAAAUAUUUUUGGAUUUUUUUUAAAUAAAAUCUAGGACAGUAUAGAACUUUGUUAACUGUUAUUUAAGUACUGGGAGUUGUAUAUAUUUAUUGAUAGUAAUGUUUUCAUAUACCUUUCCAAAAUAUAUUUAUUUAUUUGGUAUAUCUGGAAAGUAAUAAUUCCGAAGAAAUUAUUUAGUUUUUUUGCUAGUAAAAACAACGGAAGUUAAGUCGAGAAUGGUGAUGAUUUUUACUGUCCAUCAGAUGAUGAAUUAUUAGAGUUCUAAUACGCAACCGUUGCUUGUGAUAAUUUGUGAUUGUGAUUCUUUUUAUUGUUGUUGUAUACAUGUGUUUUUUUUUGAAAUUCAAAAACUAUAUUGAUGCUA